GACAUUUCGUUUGACAGUUGGUGAUAGUGCGUGUCGUUCGUCUCGCCGAAUUUAUUUAUAAAAUAUCACAUUUUGUCUAUUAAUAAACCAACAGAAUACUUUUAGAUCAACAUUUAGAUACAGCAGGGGCGCUCCAAGGUGCAGUGUUUAUAACACAAGCGCGUAAUUAAAUAAUAUUCGGUGCGCGAAUAUUUCGUGUGUAAAAAAGUACCGAAAUGAUGUUUUUGAGUGUAAUAACUAAUUUUUCUUGUGAAGAUGUGGUCUAGACAAAGGUUGGGUUAUAUCUGUGUGCUUGAAAUAACCGUAUCACAUAUCAUUGAUCUAUACAAAUCAGUGUAUUGAUAAGAUAUUAUGUUAUGUUUUCGGACUGAUUAGGAUGGUUCGGAAGUGUUAAUCUGGUAUGAAAGACGUGUUAAUGGAGUGUGCAAUGUUGUGUUAGCGGUUGUUGGUGUAUUUAAGUGUUAAGUGUGUGUAAGAGUAAGUGAAAAUGCCUGGGAAGAUAAAGGUGAAGGUGUUGGCGGGGCGGAACUUGCCGGUGAUGGACCGUGCUAGUGACACGACGGAUGCGUUCGUGGAGAUAAAGUUCGGCAGCAUCACGCACAAGACUGAUGUGUGCCGCAAGUCUCUCAACCCUCACUGGAACAACACUGAGUGGUACAGGUUUGAGGUGGACGAAUCAGAACUGCAAGAUGAGCCUCUCCAACUCCGACUCAUGGACCACGACACAUACUCCGCCAACGAUGCCAUCGGCAAGGUGGUGAUCAGCCUCGCGCCGCUGCUGGCGAGGGAAGCCAACAAUGCUAAGAGUACUGCCGCUCCUCAUGGUGGUGCGGUAAUGUCAGGCUGGAUCCCAGUGUUUGACACGAUGCAUGGUAUCCGCGGCGAACUGAACGUGAUCGUGAAAGUGGAGCUCUUUUCAGACUUCAAUAAAUACAAGACUUCGAGUUGUGGAGUGCAGUUUUUUCACUGUCCUAUGAUACCUCCUGGAUACAGAGCAACUGCCAUCCAUGGGUUCGUUGAAGAGCUGGUGGUCAAUGAUGACCCUGAAUACCAGUGGAUCGAUAAGAUUAGGACUCCUAGAGCCUCUAAUGAAGCGAGGCAGGUGGCCUUCAUUAAGUUAAGCAAUCAGGUACAGCGUCUUGUAGGCCUGAAAGCAGCUGAACUCGGCGCGAAUGCAGUGGUCGGUUACCAACAGGACUUCGAUCUAGAAGGGGAAGCGGGAGUCGUGGCUAGAGCUAUUGGCACUGCCGUGAGCAUAUCUCCUUUGCCGAUGCCGAGCCAACCGUUAAAUAUGCCGCCUUGCACGCAACAACAAUUAAAAAAGUAUUUGGACAUUUUGGCGACAGAUAACGAAAGCAUAACAGAAAUGUCAACUUAUUAUCAAAAUCAUCAAGAAGAGUUACAAAAGCUUCUCAUGAUUUUAAAUCCUAACGCAUCAGCAUUGUUAGAUGUCACUGACGCAAUUGAUGAAGAUGAGAAAAGUAUGGAUAUGACGAGGCAAUCAAGUCUUACUAGCUACGCUGGCAGUGUAUCCAUAUAUCGAGACGAAUACCCACAUAGGAGUAGUCUGAGACAUCUGUCUGAAGACCAGACAGAUCUCAACAAACUGCUUAACAAAGAUAGUGAUGAUUCAGACUCUUCCGGACCAAUAGAAAAAUUAAAGAAAAUGAAAACGAACUUCUUUACAAGAAGGUUUAAUAGGCGCCCAAGUAGUAAACGAUCAUCGAUCGAUAAACAAGACGAUUCGAUAUCUAUUAAGUCGAAUACAUCCGAAACUUCGCGAAUCUCUUUAGCAGAAAUUAAAAACGAAUUGAGGAAGUUCAAGAGUUUGAGGAAACCUAAAUUCCGCAAGCCUUUCGUUAAUAAAGAAGAUGAAGGUGAAGGCAUGGCAUCUAUCCUAGCUAGGUCAAUUAUACAUGUUCAAACAAGUCUGGCUUGUAUAGCUGAGACUCAAGAUUCUGAAGCCUCUCCCGGCUCUACUAUGAGACGAACAAGUGAGUCAGAGCCAGCUAUCAACAUUUCCGAUGAUGAAAAAGCUAAAAUUGAGUCUAUAAAUGAAGAAGGCAUCAAAAUGCCAGAGAUACGUUUCACUUCUUUGAGCAAUAUAAAUGCUGAAGAGGCUAUUCCGCCGAGAGAAAGGAAGAUUUCUGAGUCUUGUCCUGCAACGCCAAUGCCAGACAGAAGUGAAAAUCUUCUCACUUUGCCUGGGGAAGCUGGCUAUUUUGGAUCAGUGUCAUCCGCUCUUUCUGCUGAAAGCUCUGAAAUUGAGUCCAGUAGUGAUGAAGAAGAAGAUGACGAAAGUUCUGAUCCUAAAACAGAUACUGAAAGGUCAAUUGAAACUACCAGCUCAGUAGUUCAAUCAGUUCUAAGCCACAACAUUGACCCCAAGUUAAUGGCAAGUUUGGACAAAAAACUAAACAUCCUUGAAAGAAGCAGUCCGGAUAUAAAAGAAAUCUUGCAAAUAGAAACUCAAAAGGAGAUCGAUAAAAAAGCUGAAGUAGAACAACAAGUGUUCGAUAAUCAAGUACUUAUUGAUAAAUGUAAAUCACUAGAAUCUGUACCACAAGGAGUCGAACAUAAAAUAGUAGUAGAGAAGCCAGUGAAAUCAAAUGAAGCUUCGACGUCAUCGGUGAAAGACGACACGUGUGUAACAAAGCCUAGUAGCCACCAUAUCAAAUUCCACAAUCCCUUUUCGCACAAAAAACCUGCUAAAAGCAUUAGUGAGCCUUCUUCGCCUGUAGAUAAAGGUAGUUUCGUCCAUCGCUCUUCUAGACGAAUCAGACGUCAGCUAUCUAAACUGUCUAAAAGUAAUAUGAUUAAAAGUAUUUCCCACUACUCUUUGCACCCCAAAAAGAAAGAAACUAAAACGCCUUUGAGUCAACCUGGGUCGUCUUCCGAUGUGCGUUCGAAAGCUCCGAGCGAAACUGUACUGGGUUCUCCAUUUUUGUCGUACAGCGAUCUGAUGAGCCUUGACAAGGAAAGUAUUGAUACUAAUAAGUUCUUUCACAAAAGCGAUGAGUUUGACCGCGUGAAAGUCUCCAUGUAUAUCGGAUCAGAGCCCGUUUCUAGAACUUCUUUAAGCGGUAUAUCGAUUCCGUUCUAUAAAGACGAACAACAUCAUCACGAAAAGAGACAAUCGCUCAAGCCAACUGGCCUAGUUCAUACUGCUAUGGAGACUAUCCUCCUAGAUAAAGUGCAAUCUUUACUUAUGCCUACAUCACCAGAACCUGAUUCUGUUAAGAACAAGCAGUUUUUCGAUGAUGUGAACGAAAAAUUGGGAAACAUGGAGAAGAAUAGAUCAACUUACAAUGAAUCGACAGCAAGUAGUUUAAGUAUUACGCCUGUACAUAGAGCGAAAAGUCAAUCGCCACCAGUAAGCAGUAAACCCGUGGUUGUAAGUGGUAUAAGGAAGGCUGAUAAAGCUCAUGAACAUAAAACUAAACCCCCAAGCUUGAUGCAAACUGCUAUGGAAACUAUGCUAAUGGAUCAAGUGCAAUCCGUGCUUAUGGCUACAACUCCUGAAACGCCUCAUCCUGAACAAUGCUUUGAAGGCAACAAUCGACCAGAGAGUUAUGACGGAUCAAAAGGCAAAGUAAAAAAUCCUAUUACUUACAUCCACUCAAAGUUAGGGCCGAAGUCGCCUGAUCCUACUUCACCAACCGAGAAGUUCUUUGGUGGUAAGAAUAAAAAGAGGGAUUCCAUGUCAAGUGGACUUGUUCAUACUGCUAUGGAAACUAUGCUAAUGGAGAAAGUUCAAUCGGUUCUUGGACCUGAAACUCCUGAACCGGUCACUUCUGUGUUUGACGACUAUGAUAGGCAUGACGAACAUAAAAAGAAAGACGACAAACCACAUGGUUUGCUCCAAACUGCUAUGGAAACUAUGCUGUUGGAUAGAGCUUCGGUUUUGGGUGCAAAUGUACUAGAUCCUGUAAUUACUGAAGAGAAACCACAUGACUUGCGUAAGAAUGACAGUUCAACUGGUAUGACCCAUACAGCUAUGGAAACUAUUCUGAUGGACCAAGUACAUUCUUUACUUGGGCAGCAUGGUACUCAGCCUACACAUACAAGUGAUGGAAAUGAUCAUAACAAAAAAUCUAACAAAGAAAGUCACAAAAAAGAUGAGAGCAGUGGUAUGACACACUCAGCUAUGGAAACUAUAUUAAUGGAUCAAGUUCAUUCGUUGAUAGGACAACAUGGCACGCAACCAACGCACACAAGUGACGAAAAUGAUCAUAAUAAAAAAUCGAACAAAGAAAGUCACAAAAAAGAUGAGAGCAGUGGUAUGACACACUCAGCUAUGGAAACUAUAUUAAUGGAUCAAGUCCAUUCGUUGAUAGGACAACAUGGCACGCAACCAACGCAUACGAGUGAAGAAAGUGAUCAUAAUAAGAAAUCUACCAAAGAAAUUCACAAAAAAGAUGAAAGUAGUGGCAUGACACACUCAGCUAUGGAAACUAUAUUAAUGGAUCAAGUUCAUUCAUUAAUAGGAAAACAUGGUACACAAUCUAAACAUAGUGGUGAAAGUGAUCACAAGAAAUCUAGUAAAGAUGAUUUGAGACCAGCUGGGUUAAUACAUACCGCUGUAGAAACUAUGCUUUUGGAUAGAGUCCAAGCUACUGCAUUAGGAACUCCUGUUCCUGUAGUAACGACUGACGAAGAUCAUGAAAAGUCUAAAGACACUAAGAAAGAAGAGAUUCAUGGUCUUACUCAUAAAGCUGUAGAAACUAUAUUGAUGGAUAAAGUCCAAUCUUUAGUCGGUCAACCUGGCAUGACGUUUGUAGAACCAAAAACAUUUACCGAUGAUGAAUUGGAAGAAGCCGAACAUUUGAAUGAUGAUUUAAAAUCUCCUGGCUUAGUUAAAAACGUGGUGAAGAACAUAUUGCUAGAUAAAGUGCAUACUUUAGAAGAAGAAAAAGAAAUUGCAGUUGAAAAGCUGAAGGAAAUAUUUGAUAAAUCACAUUCUCGUGAAAAUCUUAAGCCUACUGGGCUAGUUCACACAGCAUUCGAGACUGUUCUUUUAGAUAAAGUACAGACUCUGAUACCUGCUGAGCCAACAACUGUUACUGAAGCUACUGAUAACACGUCAGGUGGAAAAGCUAAACAUAAUAAACCACCUAACUUAGUUAUUCCAAAAGUGGAACCUGAAGUGAUUAACAUACAGUUAAUGACUAACGUAGAAACGACUGGAGAUGCUAAUACAAAGUCAAUCGACAAAAGCAAAUCAGUACCAGAACCGAAGAAAAAGUCCAAAACACUAACCCGCCAGGAUAGUGUUCACUCAAUAACAGACGAAACGCCUAAAAUGUCCAAACCAGCUAAUUCACCAUGUAGUGACGUCACUAAGCCUUCACACCUCAUUCUUGGCGCGUUAGAGACCAUACCUUCGUUACCUGAGACGGCAGACGUAGAUGAGACUAACAAUAGUGUGUGUGAUAACUCGCAUGCUGUGUGCGAUGCCAACAGGACCGAGAGGGAUAGGAGGGAGGAUAAUCGAGACAGGGAUAGGGGAUCGCCGAGACAUGCUCGUCACGAGUCGUAUGGAGGAAGGGAUCCCGUGCAGACGGCGCAUGCUCAGAAUUCGUCGUUGAAUGCGACGUCGACGCCGAUGGGGAUACAUAGGAGGUCUUCCGAUUCUGAUCUCAGUGUUACUCCUAAAGGCGGAUCACUGAACACGUCAGCCGGUAACGUGGGCAGCGGCGGCGGCGCCAUCUUGCGGCCGUCCAUGAACAGCAACAACCUUGACAUGCUGGAGUACCCCUUCCUGACCAUGACGGAGUACCCGCCAGGGUUUAUUGUGCACCUUGGCGGCACAGUCUGCGCCCGGUCCGUGAAGCUGGCGGACGGCGGCGAGGGCAGCGCUCGCGCGGCGUGGUGGGCCGAGCUGCGCACCGAGCUGCGUGCGCAUGCGCGCGCGCUGCGCUGCAACGCCGUCAUCGCAUACACCGAGACUACCGCCAUCUGUGAGGAUGUGUGCGUGCUGUCUGCAUCUGGUACGGCAGCUGUCAUCAACUUAGACUGCGACUUUAAUGCUGAGCCCGAACCUAACUCAGCAACCUCAGGCUCUAAGAACACUAUAGACGAUGGUGAAACCGAAUGGUGUAGUAUGGCGCAUGUACCCUACUCGCCCGGCGCCGGACCUUACCGCGCGGAGUUGUCUACCUGCGGCGGCUGUAGGAGAACUCGAGUGCCGACAGUAUUACUAGCGACUUGCACAAAGCCCAGCAAGUUGACUUCAUACGCUAAAGCCGUCACGCUCACUGCCGUCGCGGCGAGAGUUAGAAGAGCACCUCCCACUUCAGAGCCGGGCGCGAGAGACAUCUCCGAUCAGCUUCCCUUCUUAGAAUACGAGCUGCACAAACUGCUGUUAGCUAAACUUAGGAUGCAGGGUGCGAACGCGUUAUUCUCGCUGCAAACACAGAUAAGUAUAGGCGAGCGAUGUGUGAUGGCACUCGCAAGUGGGACUGCGUGUAGAUUAGCCGCCCUACCGCCGCCUACGCCACCUAGAAUCAAGGCGUCAGAGAAAGACAAAGAUGCAUUAGAAAUACAGAAAGCAUUGUGGGACUCCUUCACAGCUAAUAGAGCGGCCAACGGUUUUGAUGUCGGUGUAGAGCACAACACAAACGGCGUAUUACCCGAGGUGGAGGGCGAGGAUGCGCCCGCGCUCGACUUGUGUGCCGAUAAGGACGCAUGCGUGUUGGAGUUAGAUGAGGCUGAAGAUGUGGAAACAGCGCGCGCCUUAGCCAAGCGUCACGUGAACAUGCAAGUGUACACGCACGGACUGAAGCCCGUUAUAGGAGCCCCACCGCAAGCAUUCGCGCAAGUGUGGCGCGGGCGGCUAGUCCUGUCGGGUGGGGUGGGUGGGGCGGGUGGGGCGGGCAGCAGCGCAGUAGAGCGUCACGUGCGUCGGGCGCUGGACGGCGUGGCGUACAAGCUGCGGCGCCUGCAGCCCUGCGCUCUAGUGGCACCACGCUUUCAGUUGGAGCUGCCUGAGGAUGAAAUCCAACUGGUAGUAUCUGGAGCCGCCAUUCCCCUCCAAGACCCAAACAGUCCCGAAGCCAACGGCAUGGAGAACGGCCACCACACCCAAAGCCAGCACGGAAGCCAUGGAAGCCACGGAAGUCAUGGAAGCCACGGGAGCCACGGGAAUGGAACUGGUGAUGCUGAUGAUGAUAUCUUCGCGUUGGAUGAGGAGCAACUCGUGAAGAGUCCGCCUGAAGUGCUCGAAGAAAAAGGAUUUAUUACGGGACAGGUUCCCACAACAGUAUCUCUAACGACACUGAGCCACAUAAGCGGCGGUCGCGUAUCCCGGCGCCUCUGUGCACUGCGGCUACUGUUCGUGCGGGAGACCACCGCCGUGCGGGAACUCGGCGGCCUCAGCGGGUUCCUGCAUACAUUUACUUGCGAGGUAAUGGCCAUUGUACGCGCAUACACGGCGGCGUUAGGCGGUAACGCGCUCACAUCCUUCUACAUCAGACAGCUCAUGCUUCAAGACAAUGCACAUAAAAAUCAGGGUCAAUGUCUCCUGUCAGUAGGCGGCGACAUAGUUCACAUAACAUACUGAAUUGUCUAUUAUCUAUUACUCUAUAACUUUACAUGACAUAUCUAUGACAUGCACGUUUAGGACGUAUAAACUGUAUAUUUAUUAUUUAGUAUGUAGAUUUGAAUUAAAUAAUCCUAAAUAUAUUCGCGAUUUGUGUUCCAAGAAUGUGAUUUUUAUUAUAAGUAUUUUUUAAUGAAAUGUAAUUUUAAAGGCUCUAUUCGAUUUGAAGAUGGCCGAUUAUGCGAUUUGAGAAUCGAUUUUUAAACAGGCUUAUUGUAACAGUUUCUUGUCUAAUUAUGCAUUGAACUGAAUAAGUUCUCCUUUUAAAAAUUAUUCAGACUUAUUUAGCUUAAGCCCGGUUUCUCAGUAACCGGUGUAACUGGCCAUUUGUGUCAUUUAAAAAUCCAUUUUUGCCUUUUUUUUUCUUGUAAUCGUGUCAAUUUUACAAAGUCAAAAUAACUUUCCUAAAUGUAUAUUUCAUGUUAGAAUUAAGACAGACUGUUUAUGAAAUUCUGUGUUAUUUAUAAUUUUUAGAAAAUGUCUCGAAAGACGGGUAACACUGGGAGUACUAAAAGAUAUAAAAUAAAAUUUUACCUGUAUAAAAAAUGGCAGCUGUAUUUUAUUAAUCAAAACUUACCACAGAAAAAGUUUGACAAAUAAAGUGUUUUAUUUAGUGUUGAAACUUUUCAACAACCUACUACACCACUGUCACUUAACAGUAUCUUUCGAAGUUAAAAUAGGUCCAUACCCAAAUUUCGCGAUAUUUUCAAGUUUUUACUUAAUAGGAUAAUAAAAUGUUAUAGUAAAUAAUAGAUAUAUUUAAUUAUGGUUUCGAAAAGUGUCAAAAAUCAAAAAUAAAAUAUGUGAAAUGUUAUCAAAAUAAUUGCAUGUUUUAAAUCGUACAAAAUUAUUUUCUACUGUUUUAUUUUAUGCAUGUUAUUUAUGAAUUAUUUAUCAUAUUUCAUUUAAUCUAAAAUCCGUUUUUAAAGUAGCACUCGGCCGAGUCCGAAAAAGUGAAGAUUUUUUAAUUAAUUAAUUAUUUUGUACAAUGAAUAACCUAUUUCGGGGUUGACAUCAAAAUGGAAAAGUAUUUGUAAUAUUUACAAUAUUAAUUGUACUUAAUAUAUUAUACUCUAUCACACUUCUUGCCAUAGACAUGCCAAUCUUUGUAGUGAAAAAAUCUUUUAAAAAAAACUUGCCACCAAUGUACUCUCUAUCUACAAAAUUUCGCUUGAAUUGUUCUUUGAAAGUAUCUGUGCAUUCAUUUCGAUAAAUAUUUAAAACUGACUGAGUACACUUUAUAUACUAAUACAUAUAAUAAAAAGGAAUCAUUUUUUUUUUUUAGUUUUUACUUUAAAGGCUCCGAAAGUAAAUAAAUAUUACUUGUAAAAUAUAUUCAAGAUUUCAUUAAUUUUUGCUAAUAAAUAAAUAAGUACAGUAUUUGAAAAACAUGGUAUUAAAAUAAAUUUACGGUAUUUAUACAGUAUUUCAAGUAGGUACAAUGCACAGAUACUUUUGAAAAUUGCCGUAGAUCCAAUUUCAAGUUUCAACAGCAUUAUGUAAAUAUUUAGUUCAUUUUUAAUUAAUUUGUUUUUGUAAAUAUGUAUAACUCGACGGUUAGUGGAAAUGUAUGGUGCUACGUAAAAGUUUCUUGUCAUUUUAUUUUAAUUCUGCUUUAUCGGUGACAAAAUAUUGCCUUUUAUUUUGAAAACUUUAAUCACUACUAGUUCACUGUAAUAAUUAAAUGGAAUAACACAAAACAUUUUUCACAAAUGUAUGUAGAUUAUUUAAGACUUCUUGACUAGAUUGUAAUUAAAGCACUCACAAAUUCCAGCAUUCUUACAAAUAAUCUUCCGAUUGACAUCUCGUUUCCCGCCUUUUCACUCACGACCAUAAACAAUAUUGACAUAAAGAGAUGUAUUUAUAUAUUUUAUGCAAGGAGGUUGUACUUCUUACCAUCUUUGCGAGGCGUAAUUGGCAACAAAACACAUCAUAAUUAUGGCGUAUUUUGUCACUGAUAUUUUUUAUAAUCCUCCAUAAUUUUUAAUAAAUUUUAUGCGAAUUUACUAUGCAUGUCGUGUGCCCAUAUAUCUUGUUUAAAAGUACUUGCGGAACCUUGUAGAUUGGCUUACACUUAGAACAAAAGCUUUACACUCAGUAGUUAAAUGAUCUAAUCUUCUUUAUGUUUCUUAUUAUUCAAUCUCUGCGCUAACCCAUAUGUAAAAUAAUUAUCAAAGUAGCUAUUAUAAGUUUUCCAAACGGCCUAACUUAGUUGAACCACUUUAAAAUUCCUAUCCUGAUAGAAUUUAAUGUCCACAUGAAUAUUAAAAAUAUUGCGUCAAAGAGACAUUGUAUGAACACUUACGGUGGAUUUCUAUAACCGAUCUGUCUGUUUUGCGAUUAAAGAUUGAAUAUUGAAAUUAGCUCCAUAUAAAAUAUGUUCAAAUUCUAUCUCUAGUUAGCAAAACAAAAGAUAAGUAUAUUAUUGGGAUCGGCCGUUAACUAGUUUGGUUCGACAAGUACUUAGAGUUCAUUAUUAUCGUAAUUUUAAUUAUAAAAUACAGUACCUAGCAGUUAUUUGGAUGUCUUUAUGUAUUUUGUCUAUGUAUGUUUACAAUGUGUGUUGUAGGGCGAAAUAUAUGACAAAUAUUUAA